ACUGGAACGCGCACGUCAGGGCACGCUGUCGUACCACCUGACCGGCUCGGCGGGUUUCGGUUGGCAGGUUCAGCUUCACAACGUUGAACAACGGCGCGGUGGGUCACGUGACAGCAUCUGCUGCUGCUGGCUGAGCGAAGCGUGUUAGCAGAUUUUUCUAUUUUGUACAUACAUUGUUUUGUAUAUACUGUAUAUGAUGACUUCAGUGGUCAGCAAUCAGGCCCGGGGGACUCGGGACAGAAUGCUGCCCAGCACCACACAAACAACACAGCCACAGAAACAGAUACAGGCCACAGCAGAACAGAUUCGUUUAGCCCAAGUGAUCUAUGACAAAAAUGAUGCUGACUUUGAAGACAAGGUUAAACAGCUGAUUGAGGUAACUGGGAAGACUCAAGAUGAGUGCAUGGUAGCCCUCCAUGACUGCAACGAAGACGUAAACAGAGCCAUUAAUUUCCUGCUGGAGAGCACCUCUGACACAAACUCCUGGGAGACUGUGGGGAAAAAGCGGAGCCUUGGGAAAGAAGGAGGACCCUCAGAGAUAAAGGAAAGCAGGGAGAAGAAAGGAGGAGAGAGGGAGGCCAGUCGUGGACGUGGGGGGUCCAACAGGAGGGGCAGAGGCAUCAGCAGAGGGCGCGAAGGUCGGUUAGAGGAGAACGGGUUUGAGGUGACUCCUGGAGAGAGAGGGGGAGACCGUGGACGCAGAGGGCGGGGUAGAGGGGCAGGAGGUCGUGGUAGAGGAAGAGCAGCUGCUGGCAACAGGUUCUCCUCCCAGGGAAUGGGCACCUUUAAUCCUGCUGACUACACGGCCAACUCUGGAACUCGCCAGGAGACGUGGGAAGGAGACGGCAAUGAACCUGCUGAGGGAACUGGACCUUGGGGAGGCAAUCUGGAAGACUGGACUGCAGAAGAGUGGAAUGAGGAUUUGUCUGAGACCAAAGUAUUCACUGCCUCUUCUGCUCCAGCAAACCACAUCACACCUGGACACAAUGACCUCACUGGCCUACUGCCUAAGGCUGGAGUGGCUGUAGGGGGUUCCAUGGACUCUGACCUGGGGGCAAUAGUUGAUGGCCCCUCAGCCGAGGACUUAGGCCAAAGCCUGGUGUUUACCAAUUCUCACCACAAUGGUCGCACUGCAACACACAGCUACGCACACGCCACAGCCAACACCUACGCUCAUGCCGCCUCUGCUGGUACCACCUACGCGCAUGCUGCACUGUCCUCAGUUCUGGGUUCUGGUUUUGGGUCCCUGAAUGCACCUAAGCAGACACCUGCCCCUGACAUGAGGACACCAGAGCAGCUCAACGGGCCUCGGCUUGGUCAGAGAGUCAGUCAGACGUUGGCCACCACCAGCAACAGUAAUGUUUCCAAAGAUGCAGGGCCACCUCCAUUACAGAACUCUGCCCCUGCCUCCUCUCCUUCUGUAGAGGUCAAGGCUCAGAGAGUUGAGAAUGGCCCUCUUACUGCCCAACACUUGGAGAUGAAGCUUCAGCCAGAGCCAUCAGCAGUGCUCAGCCAGCUUGCUCAGAGACAACAGCAGUCCUCCAUCCUUCCCACCACAGAGCCUCUGGGUCUGUCUCAGUUGCAUGCGCCACAGGUCCCUACACCGCCAGGUCAUGAGUCCUCCGUCCCUGUAAGAGAUGGAGCCUCUCCAGGAGUGAAGCUACCAGGCAUGGAGCCUCCAAACACAGAAGCCCCACAGCGGCAGCUAAAGGUUCAGAGACGCAGAGUCCCACCUCCCUCAAAGAUCCCGUCAUCAGCAGUGGAGAUGCCAGGCUCAGCAGAUAUAUCUGGUUUGAAUGUUCAGUUUGGAGCUCUUGAUUUUGGGUCUGAGGCUGGUAGUGGAACGGUAGACAUGGCACAAACAGAGCUGGCCAGUGAGCAAGCCCCAGCUCAGGCUCCAGCUCCGGCACCCUUGACUGUCCCUACAGCUGUACCCACACAGCAGCCACAGAGCAGCCUGUUCUCCAAGCCUGGAUCUAUGAGUGAACACAUGAGCAACAUACCCACCUUACCCUCAGCCGUAUCAGAUCCCAGCUUCCCCUCGCCAUCGCUGGGCUUACCCAGUGCUACGCCCUCCCCCUCUCUGGGUCUUCCCAGUGCAGCCACUCCACCUUCUUCUACAGCCGCUUCUGCAGUCAGCCGUGUGGAGAGCAGUGGCCAAAGAUCCCUGCCACCUCACCUGGGCUUCUCUCAGAACAAAGAUGUCCCCUCACCUGCUGCUCUCACGAAUGGCUACAGCAGCAUGAAGAUGCAGAGCACACAGGACACCACGUCAUCAACAUCUAGAACAGUGAAAACUGAGUCUCCCAUUAUGACGAGUGACAGUGGGCCUAGCCAUCAUAUCCCUUCUCCUGCAGUUACACCCUCCCACUCAACACCCAUCCCUUCACUCAGCAGUCAUGUGACCAAUACGCAUUCUUCUGGAUCAGGCCUUGCCACAAGCUCUUCUCUCACUAUAAAUAAUGAGGAGAGCAGCGGUAGUGGCAACCUCCAUGCCUAUUCAUCGUCGUCAUCCAGCCAAGCUGUCAAUCCCAGUUCUUCAGUUCCACUGGCUGUCAGCAGCUCAGCCACAAAUGGCCUGCACCCAUCUGGAGCGCCUGGAUUAACUCCUAAUGGCACAAACACCACACUCUCAGCUGCAGGCGGCCGCACAGCUCCCCUGCUCAACACCUCCGGUAAAGCUCCUCCCAACUUGGCGCAAGGAGUGCCACCUCUCCUGGCCAACCAGUACAUCAUGGGCCCUGGUGGCUUGCUCCCUGCUUACCCGCAAAUCUAUGGGUAUGAAGACUUGCAGAUGCUGCAGUCUCGCCUUCCUAUGGACUAUUAUGGUGUAACAUUCCCCGGUACAACGGCUGCAAUGCCUGGAAGAGAUGGCCUGGCCAAUAAUCUAUAUUCUGGUGAAGCGACAAAGUUUGGCAGGAAUGACUCUUCAUCUCCAGCUCCCCCAACCAGCCUGUCGACAGCUGGGGUGCAGUCACAGCCCCAGCAGGCUCCACAGGCUGGAGCACAGGGACAGGGCCAGGGACAGAGUCAGGGUCAGCAAACACAGAAUCAGGCCUUCCUCAACCCCCCACUGCCCCCUGGCUACGGUUACACUGGUCUGCCGUACUAUGCUGGUGUGCCUGGGGUUCCCUCAGCCUUCCCGUACGGCCCCACCGUCUUUGUGCCUCCUGCUUCGGCCAAGCAACCUGCAAUGGGCCUGGCUAACCCCUCCAAUCAGUACCACCAACAGCAUCAGCCCAGCUAUGGACAGCAUGCGUAUGGCACAGCCUUUGAUGACCUGUCUCAAGCCCACGGGGAGUACAGUAAGGGAGGGUACGGAGGCUCUGCCCAGUCACAGGCCAAGUCAGCGGGCAGCGGCCCUGGGAAAGCACCAGGACUGUCGGGGUCAGGUAACAGUGGAGGAGUACCUGAUAUGGGAGGUUCAAUCUACAGCAAAACUCAGUCAUUUGACAAGCAGGGCUUCCACACAGGGACACCUCCGCCCUUCAGCCUGCCUUCGGCACUGGGGGGAACAGGGCCCCUGAACCCUGGAGGUGCUCCUGGUUAUGCCCCUGCUCCUUUCCUGCACAUCCUGCCACCACAUCAACAGCCCCACUCCCAGCUGCUGCACCAUCACCUCACACAGGACGGACAGGGUGGUGCUGGUCAGCGCAGUCAGUCCAGCAGCAUGCAGCAGAAGACCCAAGGCAGCAAGUCCAGCUACGGCAGCUCCCCCUACUGGGCCAACUGAGGAAUGCUUUCCACUCCCCUCCUCCCCCAAAAGGCUGUGUGUGUGCGAGCGAGUUUGUGUAAAGCUAAACAAAAAAAUAGCAAACAGAAAGACACACUACCCUCACAAUGAGCAACCUUGGGCUUCCUUGCCCUGCUCCCCCCACCCCCACAGGUCCUCAUAAGUCUUUUGGGUUCUCUCUUUCCCCCCCUUUUCAAAAUUGGUUGUACAUGUAAGAUAUUUAUGUAUGUAUUUAUAUAUAUAUACUGUAUAUGUAAUAGUAGAACAUGAAAUGUGGUUGCUGCAUUUUAUUUUUGAAGGACUUUUGUUUACUUUUUUCAAAACUGCAGGAAACGAUGUUACAUUAAGACAGAAUGAGAUGAUGAUAAUGAUGGUGAGAAGCAAGUGGAAAAGAUGAUCUAAAACUUCCUGUAAGAAACCAGAAAAAGGAAAUGGAGAGAGCUAUAGCACUGAUUGCAUAUGAGGACAUUUCAGAUGGGGGUGGGGUUUAUAAUAACUAACUGCAUCUGUCUCGUCUUUUUCUUUUUUUUUUAUACAUAACUUCCUGAAUGACCGGGCUCAUUCCCCAAACUUCAUUUUGUAGCUUCCUGUCUUUCCCCUCCUGCCUCUCAGCCUUCUUUUGGAGAGCAGCCUACUCUCCUUGUGUCAACACCUUCCCUUUAAAGACAGACCUGUCCAUCUAAAUUUUAUAUUUUAAUUUAAUUUUAACCCUGAUUUCCAUCGAAAUAAAAGUUCUGAGCAGUUGGAACUCUGA